GGGAUACCACGUGACUCCGCUGGGGGCGGGAGGGGCGUCUCCCAGACCGCCCUGUGUUGUGUAAGCCGGGCCUGGCGGGACGUUGAAAGCCACGCGGAGCGGCCGCACUCUAGCGCACACUACGGCUGCCUUGUAUUUCAGUUCCUCCCGGAGUCUUUGGGGACUGAGCGCACUUUUGGGCAGCCCCAGAACAUUAUCGGCCAUGGCUCCAAAGAAGAGAAAGCAGAACCCAUCCGGGGGGGCGGAACCCGGACGCGAAGCGGAGGACGGCGGAGCUGAAACCCCUGACCUGACGGAGGAUGCCGCGGUCCCAGCGAAAGCAUCGCCUGUGAAGAAGAUGAGGGAGGGAGAUGGUGGGAUUGGGGGAACCGAGUCCCUGGCAGAGGCUGUGAAGCAAACCCGGGCCAGGACGGCCCCCUCGGUUGCCGAAUUCAAGUACAACAAGAAACGGGUUCGCUUGCUGUCGCAGGAAUCGGAGCUCAAGGAGGGGGGUCUCGGCAUCUUGUACUGGAUGUCCCGGGACCAGCGAGUGCAAGAUAACUGGGCCCUUCUCUAUGCCCAGCGUCUGGCCUUGAAGCAGAAACUCCCGCUGCACGUCUGCUUCUGUCUGGUGCCCAAGUUUCUGGACGCCACCAUCCGCCAUUUUGGAUUCAUGCUCAAAGGCCUGAAGGAAGUGGCUGAGGAGUGCCAAGAACUGGACAUCCCUUUCCACCUGCUCUCCGGCAUCGCCAAAGACGUGCUUCCCUCCUUCGUGACGAAGCACAGCAUCGGUGGGGUGGUGACGGAUUUCGCUCCUCUCCGGGUUCCCAUGCAGUGGGUGCAAGAUGUCCGAGAGAGGUUGCCGCCAGACGUGCCCUUUGUUCAGGUCGAUGCUCACAAUAUCGUUCCUUGCUGGGUUGCGUCAGACAAACAGGAGUAUGCAGCAAGGACAAUUCGGCGGAAGAUUCACGAUCGACUGGCGGAGUUCCUCACCGAAUUCCCACCAGUUAUCAGACACCCGUUUCCCAGCGCCUUUCAGUCAGAGGAUGUCCACCCGGCUUGUGUCCAGCAGUUAAUUAUGCCAGCAGUGUAA